AUGCAGAAACCACUCUUUUAUUUGUUGCUUAUGCUUUUGUAUAUGACCUCUUGCGUUUCUCCAUUGAGCAGUUUCAAUGCAAAGGUUGACGUCGGAGUUAUUCUUGAUCUUCAAACAAUUCAAGGAAAGAUGUACAAAACUUGCAUUUCUAUGGCCAUUGAAGAAUUCUACUCCAAAAACACUAAUUAUAGCACUGUGAUCGUGCCACAUUUCAAGGAUUCAAGAGAAGAUGUUGUUUCUGCAGCUUCUGCAGCCAUUGAUCUGCUGAAGAAUACUCAAGUAGUGGCGAUUUUGGGGCCGCAAACAUCCAUUCAAGCACACUAUGUGAUGGAAAUUGGUGACAAAGUGAAAGUUCCGAUAAUAUCACCAGCAACGAGCCCCUCUCUAUCGCCUCGCCACUCACCAUACUUCAUCAGAUCGUCAUGGUGUGCUGCUUCUCAGGCCAAGGCAGUAGCUGCGGUUGUAAAGAACUUUGGUUGGAGGGAGGUUGUUUUUAUCUACGAGGAUACGAGAUAUGGAAGUGGAUCAGUACCACUUUUGGGAGAGGAUGCUUUUGUCUCAUCCCAAUAUGCAGUUUCUCCUUCUGCUAAAAAUGAUGAGAUUCUUCAACAACUGAAUGAGCUCAAGAAGAAGCAGGCAAGGGUGUUUGUGGUUCACAUGCCACCAUCUCUUGCAUCUCGAUUCUUCCAAAUGGCGAAAGAAGCUGGAAUGAUGAGCAAGGGGUACGCGUGGAUAGUUGCUGAUCCGCUACCUAGUUUAUUGGAUUCAGAAGCUAGUGAAGCAAUGCAGGGAGUAGUAGGUGUGAAGGCUCAUAUCCCCAAAUCUGACCAAGUUAUUAGCUUCGAUAGAAGAUGGAGGAAGAGGUUUUAUGAGGAGAAUCCGGAGAUUGUAAGGUCAGAUCUGAAUGCUUUUGGUUUGUGGGCUUAUGAAAGCAUAGCUGCUGUAGCAGAAUCUGUGGAGCGUGUACGCGCAGAUGCAUCUCCAAGAUUCAAGAAAAUGGCGGGUGGAGGCAGCUUAACGGAUUUGGAAGCAAUAGGGACUUCUAAUAGUGGUCCAAAACUUGCUCCAUUGAUCAAGAAUUUACUUUCUAAAGGCUUGAGGGGUGAUUGCAAUAUCAUCAGUGAUGGUCAGUUACAACCAUCUGAAUUUGAGAUUGUGAAUGUGAUUGGCAAUCGAGUGAACACUGUCGGAUUUUGGACAGAACAGAAUGGCAUUUCGAAGGAUCUUGCCAUCAUAUGGCCCGGUAACGAACGUGCCUAA